CACAAUUUUUUCAUCGUAAGUUGCAGUUCUUUUCCCUCAGUAUGAAAAAUUCUCUAUAGAUAAUAAUCCGACUAUAUCCAACGACCCGGUCAAUUUUGAUCGAUAAGAUUGGAAUUUGAUUUCCGUUUAUCUUCUUCUUACUCAACAUAUCGUUUGAAUAUCGGGGCUCAAUGUUUUGCUUUCUAUGGCGUGUUGGUUCACCUAAAAUUGACUCAUGAGACCUUCAGUAUUCAAGUGAAAAUUGCAGAGGACGUACCAGGGCAUUCCAGACUCUCAAGAGCGUCUUUUGAGCACUUGAGUCACCACCGCACGCUCACACACCAUGGCUGCCGACGAGCAUGAGAUGCAGAACAGCCGAGUCCCACGCACAACGACCACGUUUUCAAACCAACAGAGGGAAGACGACUGGGUCCACCCGUUGGAGACGGACGCGGCGAUGACGGCUCAAUAUCUCCUCCGCAACCACUACGGCGAGACACCCAGCGCACUGCUCGAGCAGAAGCUAGCUUGCUAUCUCCGGCACACCCAACUCCCGGGCGGCGGCUGGACUUUCUACCCGGGCGGCCCGAUGGCGGUCACCCCGAGUGUCCAGGCGUACUUCGCUCUCAAGGUGGCAGGGGAUCCGCAGAACGCCCCGCAUAUGAUUCGGGCGAGGGAUGCCAUCCGCGCCGCCGGAGGCGCCGAGGUUUUCUCGCGGAUACUCUACGAGUUGUUGGGUGUUCUGACGCAGGGUGGAGGUCUCGCUGAAGGAGUGAGGGAGAGGCAGGAGCUGGAGCGGUAGCUUCAUCCGAGGAAUGUAAAUAUUUUGUUUGACGGCAAGUUAUACUCUACAUCAAUAAACUUUUUAUGCUAUAUGUCUA